UAUAUUAUGCUGACAAAUGUACUAUAUGCUGUCAGGCAGUAGAAAAACAGCUGAAGAUCUGUGGCUUUAAGAGGAAUGUGGAUGUCUUAGUAUUGUAUCUGGCUGGACAAGGACUAAGAAGUAUCCCAAGUCUGUCACAGUUUCAUAGGUUAAAGUGUUUGUGGAUUAACAACAACAAGAUACAAGAUUUAACCUUCUUGGUGAAAAACUAUUGCUUGACCGAACUCUAUCUCAACAAUAAUGAGUUGACGGAUAUAUCAGGUGCUCUGAAACACUUAUGUGUGUUACAGAUUCUGUUGCUUCACAACAACCAGUUAAAAAAACUUGACAGAACAGUGAAGGAAUUGAAAGGAAUGAUAAGCUUGCAGACCCUAAACCUAUUCCAUAACCCUCUGGCACAAGACCCAGACUACCGGCUCUAUGUGAUACACUUCCUUCCUUCAGUACAGCUCCUUGACAGGAAGUCAGUUACACAAAGAGAAAGGGAGUCAGCGCUUCACCUGUAUAACCAUGAAAGGUCUUGUGUCAUGCAGUCAGUAGCUUUUGGAAGGAGAGUAAAUACAUCAGGAUCUAGCAGAUGCACUCAGGCAGCCAGAAGACUGAUGAUACCCUCAGGUUGUGAAUUUGGAAAUCACACAAAUAAAGUACCAUUUGAGAACCCUGAAGAUGCCGUUUUACUACGGGCAAUGACAAGAUCUCUCAUGGAAUUUUCCUCUGUUGACUGGAACAAAGUAGCCACCUGUCAAGAAAGACGGCUUGGAAACAAAGCUGAAGAACCGCAUGACAAGCUGACAAUCCAAUUUAGAUGA